AUGCAGCUCUCUUCCAGUGUGGCUGAACUCAGCUGUGACGAGACGAUGGACCCAACCACGGAGGACUUCCAGCAGGUCCUGUCCAUCGACCAGAUCCGCUCCAUCCGUGCCAGCAACAACUACGUGGAGAGACCGGCUGCGUGCUUCCAGCAAACCCGCUCCAACCCAUCCCUGUCCCAGCCUCCGCACAAGCAAGAGUGGUCCCAGGACCGCCUGGUGUCUUCCACCUUCCAGGACCUGCACCGCAGCCACAGCCAACAGCACCAGAUGCCACCUUUGCAACAACACAUGAGCCACUCCAGCACGGCCAGCUCCGUCUCCCAGAGCACCACAGCCUCCGACCAGCGCCUCCUGAGCAGCCUCACGCCUUCCCACUCCGGGCACUCCCUGAUCCGG